GCGAGAAUUCCGGAGAAAUUUUAACUUGACUUCUCUCGAUCCCAUUGAAGGAGAGUUGGCUUGGUACCAUGGACUUCCUAGCCGAGAAUAACGCCUGCGGCCAGACGCUGCUGCACCUCGUCUCUAGGGGCAAUGCCAUCGUGGCCGAACUUCUGAGGCUCUCGGAUGUGGUCCCAUCUAUAUUCAAGCUCGACAACCGCAAAGACGUGGCCGAGUACGGGGACAUCCUCCUUGACUACAGCUACUUUAAGGUCAUCGACCAAUUCGAGAACAAGAUAGAGGCAAAUGAUCAACUGCAGGAUCGGGACGAAGAGUUGCGCGAAAACUACAUCGAUAUCCUCACGAGGUUCUACCUGGCAUUCGAGAGUAUCCACAAGUAUACCAUUGACCUGAAUCGCUUUCUGGAAGACCUGGACGAAGGAAUCUUCAUUCAGCAGUCCCUGGAGUCGGUGCUCGUCAAUGACGACGGCAAGCAACUUAUGUGUGAGGCCCUGUUCCUCGCUGGUGUCAUACUUCUCGUGGUCGACCAGAAAAUCGAAGGCAUUGUCCGGGAACGCAUGCUCGUUGCUUACUACCGCUACAGUGCGCAACGUACGAGUGACGAGUCCAACUUUGACGACGUUUGCAAGCUUCUGCGGAGCACGGGUUUUUCGUCUGCUACUGGUGCCAAGCGGCCUGCCAACUACCCAGAAGAUUACUUUCGACGGGUGACCCUGAACGAGACCUACAUCAGCAUGGUGCUGGGGCGGCUGAGGUCAGACGACGUCUACAACCAGAUCUCGGCCUACCCACUGCCAGAGCAUCGGAGCAUGGCACUGGCAACGCAGGCGGCCAUGUUGUACGUGGUGCUGUACUUUGCUCCCGAGAUCCUGCACAACCAGCAGGCCAAGAUGCGGGAAAUUGUCGACAAGUAUUUUCCUGACAACUGGGUGAUCAGCAUUUACAUGGGCAUGACGGUGAACCUGGUGGAUGCCUGGGAGCCUUACAGGGCGGCGAGGCAAGCCCUGCUUAAUACUCUGGACACUGCAAACGUUAAGGACCAGGCUCAGAAGUACCAUAACCGCAUCACCAAGCUGAUUCCGAGGCUGCAGCAGCUGCUCAAGGAAGGGGCGCUCGAGGAAGACUUUGUGCUCGACAACGUCCCCAAGCUGCUCAACACUGUGCGUGAGUGCAACGUCACCCUCCGAUGGAUGCUGCUCCACACUGUCAACCUCUCUCAGGGUUUCAUUGUCGGCGGGGAGCUGAACAAGCGUUGCCGCCAGCUGCGCGACCAGGUCCAUCAGGACAGCAAGUACCAGCCGCUCACUGUGUUCCAGCUCCUACUGCACACUGCCCAGUUCGAGCUGAAACUCAAGGAGUUGUUCCAGCACUUGCUGUCUGUGAAGCAGGACAAGUGGAACUCGAUGAAGAAGGAGAGCAUGGAGCACCUCAAGGAGCUGUCCGAGGUCUAUUCGGGCACCAAGCCCCUCACCCGCGUUGUGAAGAACGCUAACCUGCAGGCCUGGUUCUUGGAGAUGAGCAAGCAAAUUGAUUCGCUCAGUUACGAAGACACGACAGCCACUGGCCGCAAAAUCGUCCAGCUUAUCCAAGCCUUGGAAGAGGUUGAGCAAUUCCACGAGCUGGAGAGCAACCUUCAGGUGAAGCAGUUUCUGACCGAGACUCGCCAGUACCUCCACAGCAUGCUCCGCAUCAUUAACGUUAAGGAAGAAGUGCUCGUCACCCUCGAAGUCAUUGCCGACCUCUCCUACGCUUGGGAGAUCAUCGACAGUUACACACCAUUCAUGCAGAAGGGAAUCAAGAGUGACCCAUCCAUGGUUAUCAAACUGCGGGCCACCUUUCUAAAGCUGGCCACUGCCCUGGACUUGCCGCUUCUGCGAAUCAACCAGGCCAACAGCCCGGACCUGGUGUCGGUGUCCCAGUACUACUCCACCGAGCUGGUCAACUACGUCCGCAAGGUGCUGCACAUCAUUCCGGAGACUAUGUUUGGCGUCCUCGCCCGAAUUGUGGAGCUGCAGACAACGGCCAUCAAGGAGGUGCCCACCCGCCUCAUGAAGGACCAGCUCAAAGUCUAUGCUCAGCUGGACCAGCGCUACGAGGUGGCCAAGUUGACACACUCCAUCUCGGUUUUCACCGAGGGCAUCCUGAUGAUGAAGAAGACACUAGUGGGCAUCGUCCAGAUCGACCCCAAGCAGCUUCUUGAAGACGGCAUCCGCAGGGAGCUGGUCAGCCAGGUCAUGCGUGCUCUGCACAACGGACUCGUCUUCAACCCCAGGGCCAAGCCCAGUGAGAUUGUGCCUAAGCUGACUGCCUUGGGCAAAGUGAUGGACGGCUACUACCGGUCAUUCGAGUACAUCCAGGACUAUGUGAGCAUCUACGGACUACGCGUUUGGCAGGAAGAGGUGUCUCGCAUCGUCAGCUACAACGUCGAGCAGGAGUGCAAUGCUUUUCUUCGACAAAAGGUUCAAGACUGGCAGAGCGUGUACCAGUCACGCGCCAUACCAAUUCCAACAUUCCCUCCGUUGGACCAAGCGUCGGUCAACUUCAUUGGCAGGCUAGCACGCGAGGUGCUGCGCGUUACUGACCCAAAGACUACGGUCUACGUGGACCAGUCGAAUGCUUGGUUUGACACCAAGUCCCACGUGGAAGUGAUCAACCUUAGCCUCUUCGCCCUGCUUCGGAAAAGCGUAGGCACGCCUGGACUGACGGGACUGGACCGGCUACUGUCCUUCAUGAUAGUCAAAGAACUGCAGGGCGUGCUGCGGUCCCUGGAAAAAGGCAUGGUCAAGGACAAAUCAUGGCAGGAACUGCUCGCCAACAUGAGCAAGAACUUGCAGCCUGUCGACGGCAUAGUCCAAAACGUGGGUAGGACGUACAGUGCGGCCCUGACCAAGGUCUCCAAGACGUGGUCAGUCUUCCUCGAAAGCAUGCUCAAGAUCGGCCAGAUGCAAAUAUUGCGCAAAGCUAUUGCCCAUGAACUCUACACAACGGCCAAGUUUGAAUCAAAAGAUUUAGUUUCUGCUCUGCAAACUACAAAUGACGCUGUGCUAGCAGAGAUCAAGGCUCACCACAGGGACCCAAGCAAACCAUAUCCCAAGGAGGACAACCCCCUGCUCAUGGAACUGGCCACGUACCUCGACUGGUGUGGCCUAUACCAGCCAAUCUCCAAAAUUUACGUCACAACUAGGCCUAUCGGAAAUCUGCCAUUGUUCAUGAUGUUGUUCACCGUGACACACUUGGCGAAGUUCACAUACGUCAGCUCACAAGGUGGCCUGCUGAGCAAGAGGGGCGUGGACUCCAUAGAUGGCCUUCCUUUCGUCCUGGGGUCAUUCACCUUCCUGAAGCAGUUUCACCAGGACAAUGUCACCCAGUUUCUGGCCUACCUCGGACAGUAUGUUCGCUCCCUGCUCGAGGAGGGCUCCGUAAGCGUCGCCAAGUUCUCUGAUGCCUCCAUAGAGACAACAAAUAUCCUGGCCUACCUGGAGAUUCUUGUCCGUCAUUGCAAUGUGUCCCGCAAGGUGGUGCUCAAUUAUGUUCCCGACUACAUAUUUGACCAGUUUAGGUCAUCGUCCUAGUCCGCGUGGUGCUCAGACAAAUGAGCAGUUAUUGAAUUUCUAUUGUUGUGAAGCAUUCCGGUGGCCUCAUUUCUGUUUUGAGGGCUGUAAUAUACAUAAAUGCUGAAAUAAACUGUAAUAUAUGUCUUU